AUGCACUGUUUGCCGAGAUUUUGGAACGCAUUUCGACGGGAGAGUUGGAGCCUGCGGCAGCGAGUGUGCGACGUCUCAAAUCGUUGCUGGUGUUCACGUCAGGGCGUCAAUCACGAACGAAAGGAGGUUGGCAGUAUGCUGCUGACUACAUGCUUCACACAGUGUUGCUGGCUGAUUGCCUUCGGCCUCUACAGCACGAGGACCCAAUGGGACCAGCAGUUCGAAGGCAGGUGCUUGAAAAUGGUUUUGCAGCCGGACGUUGCCGAGCAUCUUUUGCAGGGCGACACUUCGCUGCAGAUAGAGGGAGUUCCACGGACGUUUGCCAGAGAGUACGUCUAUGGGGAUGGCGGUGAUUGGGUCAUGCAUGUGCGUGUCGAUUCUUCACCCCAGUUCAACCGGGAUUACCUGGUAUCAGAAGUGGAUGUGGUUAGCUUGGACAAGACAUUCUCCAGUGAAUUGGACACCGUGAUGCAGGAUGUCGGCUUCACCACGCGUAUCAUGCCUCUCCAGGUUCUUGGCCGAAGGGCCACAAACACUGCUUACAAGUACAGGGCCUUACUCAGGGCUUUGAGGCUUGAAGUUGGAAGUGAGGAUUUGAUCAAAGCCAGGACGUUCAGCAUGUUGCAUGACAUGGGGGUCGAGUCGAAAUUGGCCAUGGUUCCUGGGUUCAGUUCGGACUGUGAUGAUCGCUGGUUCAACAAAGCAUUGCCCUUGCACGAUCUGGACCACGGCUUGCACAAUGUAAUGCUGGAGCUGAGCGAGUGUUGGGAAGUUGAUUUCUACAGUGCAUGGGAGCGGCAGUUGAACACGAUGGCUAAACAUUUCAGCAAAGCAGACAACAAUGAGCGCUUCGUGAAACAAUGUAUUUGGGAUAAUCCUAAGAUCGAAGGGUACGCCCGAAAGAAAGCGAUUGCAGGAAUGUUCAAAAGCACUUGCCCAACGCUUGUUCCGCAUCGCUGGCAGUAUAUGCACGAUGUUCUCUUGUGGGUCACCGAUCGCAGAAAGUUUCUCAUGUACUUGGACCCCCAUGUUGUGUCCAGCAGAGAGAAUAGUGAGGGCCGGUCAGGGCAAUCUGACGAUGUCAUAUCCGACAUGGAGGCGGCUGCGUUCAAGCUGCUGUACACUGACAAGCUUGUUUCUGCUACUUUCUGGGCGAUGUGUGCAGUCAUGCUUAUCUUGUGCAAGUGGGGUCACACCGUCGUUGGCUGGCUACAUGGUUGCUGGUGUCAUCCAACCCAAGAUGACAGAGCCAAGUUCCGGAAAAAGAAUAAAGGUGCUAACUGCAAAUGGUCCGGCAGGCGGCUGAUUGAACUGUCGUGCGGCAGUGCUUUGGAGUUCAUGGCUGACUUACGCUCGUUGAGAAUUGAGAACUCGUCCCUCGCUAUGGAGUCGAUGGGCCUCCUGGUAAAGGAGCAGCAGAAAGGUUCGGGAGCUUCAGCGGCUGCAGGGCCUGAUUCGGCUUCGGACAUUAUUUCGGUGGGGUUUGUCACGGCGAAGAGGAUGCUUGAAUCCCGAUUCUCGCAGCUGACAUCUUUUGUUCGGGAGCCACCUUGGAAUUUGAUCAGUCUGUUGCAGUUUCUCAUCGUGCCUGCGUCUGUCCGUUCCGGUGCGGUUGUAGAAAGCCGCCAAAUUGCAGCAACAAUGCUCCAGAAAUUUGAUCAGGGAAAAUUCGGAGAUGUCGGUGACAUUGGACGUCGUUUUCUUCAAACCACCCACCGAUCGGCGUUGAAGCGCUGGGCAUAUUCCCAAGACAAGUUCAUGGAUUUGCCCUUGUUCAGGUCGCUGCUGGCUUAUGCCUCCAGCCUGAAUGUCAUGCAGCGGCUGGAAGCAAAGCACCACCUGGUUCAGGUUCGGAUGUGUUCAGCGAGAGCCCUGGGCGUGGCACACCUUUCUGCAAACAUACGACGCGCUCUGAACGGUGAUCUGGAGCGACCGGAGUUUGAACGAAAUCUGGAUAGAUAUCUUUCCAGCUUCUCAAGUAUUGUGCAAGAAGAAUGGGGUUCAUUCAAAGAGCUGCAGUCUUUCACGACCGGACACAAUUUGCAAAUCAUGUUUGCCGAUCGCUCACCGGAAAUGCAGAUGAUUGCUGCUGCGAGCAAAGAUACCACCGAGGAUGAUCCUUCUUUUCGUGACAAGUUGGAUCAUGUCAUGAGCCUCAUGCGCAAGAACAACAACAUCGAUCACCUUCAUGAGUUCCAUGUUGUGGAGCACCGGGUCGAUUUCGACACGGAAAUGGUAGAUGACAUGCUGUCUGACGAGACCGAGUCUCAUGACUUGGCCCUCACGACUGCCAUAUGCCAUCUUGGCAAAAAGGCUGUGCAGACAGGACUGCCGCUGAGUGUUCCACAGUCACAUCAGAGUGCUGCUGAUUGGAUCGUGGAGCACGAACUCGGCGAGUACAACGACCGCCGGCCGCUUGAUGAGCCGGGUGAUUUAAUCGACCAUAGCUUGUGGUCGCUGCGUCGUCAGCUUCGGUCGCAGGGUUGGUGUGAAGCUGAGAAAGGAAAGAGACUGUCAGCCGCACAGAAAUACUUCUCCGGGAGCAACAGGGCGCCCAGCUACUAUGUCAUCUUGAUUGAAUGUCUGCAGCAAGCCGCAAGUUACGAAGAGAACUUGAACUUUGCUCAUUCUGGUCUGCGUGCCUAUUUUGACACGGUGCUGCUUGCAAUGCGAAUGCGAUCGCCCGCUACUUUCAUGGUUCCAAGAGCGAUGAAUGCAAAGGGAUAUGCGGGUGCUGUGGAGCCGACCCACGCCAAGAUGAGACUUGUUAUCACAAAGGGAAGCGUGCCCGGCGACCUCGUGCACACUCCAUUCCUCCACGCAAGAUUCGCAAAACUACCGCUGCUGCGCCCGAGGAGUCACGUGCCAACGAGGGUUGUUGACGACGUUGCGAUGCAUCCAGACACGGGCGUUGGCAGUGGUCCCUCGGCUGACGGGGAGUCCCAGCAUGAUGCUGGUAACGCUGGGAAGCCCGAGAGUGUCCCUGCGCCCUUCUUUGAGCCUCGAUGCCGCACUGACGGGCAUCGUGCGGUCUGUGAAAUCCUGCUACCGGUGCUGCUCGAACUCAUGCGGGAGCCUGCGUGGUGUGCUAAAGUUCCUCGCGAACAAGUCCGCCAGGCUGCUCACCGCGUUGAUAUGAGCGGUCGGCGGUUCUGGGGAGUGCAUCAGCUUUACUCGCGCAAGCGGACUGCAGAAGACGUUGAAGACGGCACGUUCUGUAAGUACGAGACCGUCAAUGUCUUUACAGAGUUCACUGGCAGUGCCUGCGCUGAGAGUGCAGUGGAGUCGGUAAUCAAUCAUCUGCGUGGUGCGGUGCCGCUGAACUGUGAUGUUAGCAAUCUCUUGGAUGCAAGCCGCGUGUCUAUGGAAGCUCUCCACAUAUCUUCGUUCCUGGACCUGCUCCCGAUGACCACGCACGUGGACGAAUGUCAGGGAAAUUACAACACCAGACGGCUUGAUUACGAGCGUAUGUUUCCAGACAUGGUUGCUUUUGACCUGCACCAAAGCCCUUCUCACCGUGCCCGGCGUGCUUCGAAGAUUAUGUUUCCUCUGACAACCGGGUGUAACCGUGUGUGGCUGAGAAACCACAAGCGCUUCUUGACCGGCGCCGAGCUGUUAUCUUUGCAUUCCAUCCCAGUCAACACCGAUGUGGCCCGGGUCAUGAAAUGCAGACCCAGCCGAAUGGAGAGUAUUUCUAACACAGGCCGAUGCACUCUUGUCGGAAAUUCGAUGCAUGGAGCCUCUGUUGGAAAGGUGUUUGCGAUUGCUCUGCUGUACAGCAAGAAGAACUCAUCGUUUUCACGAGUCAUGUUUCAUUUCACACUGGAGGUCUGUGGAAAGCAGAGCGGGCUUGUGCUUGAUUGGCAUGGACUUCUUUGCAGCCUUUUGUUCGUUCAGUCGGUGCUCCGCGAGUCUGUUGUUGUGUUUGAGUGCAUCAAGCCAACAGCCAUGUCAGACGGAGAAUCGUCAUCUGACCAUUCAGAUGGUGAGUCGAUCAAGGUCAACUGCUUGGAGUGUGGCAGACUAUGCUCGAUCAGAAGAGCUGUGAAGUUUGGGAAGCGCUUCAGAGACCCCAAAUGCCAUUCAGCAUACAGGUGGCUGACCACGAACGAUCCAGAAUGGCCCACCAAGACAGCAGAGGAGAAACGGGAGACAGUGAUCGCAAACCGCGGUCAAGGGGGCCGUGGAACCGCGAGGAAGCUUGUUGCUGUUCACGAAGCUCCUAGGCGUAAUCGUGACACAGCAAUUGGUGUUGAAGUGGACAAGUAUUCCGACACCACCGCAGCAGUGCCCUAUUUGACGGAGCUGAGGUUCAAACGCAAGGGUGCAAAAUGGUACGGAUGGAGCGAGGAGAGGGCACAAGAGGAGUGGGACAAGGCAGUUCGCGACAAGAAUGUGAAGCGCAAAACCGAUCAGUACGGGAAUCUGACCAUCGCAAAGCUGUCCGAGGAAUCGGACGUUUCAGGCUUACGCGUCGGCAACAAGCGCAAAAUUCAGGAACAGAACAAGCACAAGGUUGGUGAUGAAGAGGCCAUUGAGAAUUUGGCCGCAGGUCUGGCUCAGUCUCGGCUAGAUGUCGAGGUGAAAAUGUCGGCAGCUUCAGGACUCAAUCUCCUGACUUUGAGCGACAACAGUCGGGGCUGUGCCAAGGCCAAGCCACAGAAAAGUAGCAAAAAGCGGGAGAACCCUGCUGUGGAAGAUGGUGGGUCGCAUAAUUCAUCCUCCUCGAAGUCGCGGUUGGACCCAGAGGCCAAGAGGAGACUUGACCAACUGAAGCUGGACUCCGAUGUGGUCCACAUGAGCCAGAAAUGGGUUGGUCGCAUCAAGAUACUCAAUGUUGAGGCCUCGCAAUCCUUGGCGGCAGCGGAGCAAUUUCCAGAAUUGGCAGCGCCCCUCGCUAUGCUAAGCAACGUGGUCGAGGAUGCUUUGGAAAAGUUCGCGCUCAGCGGGCCGAUAGUGCCCAUGUCACCCAGCAUGAAAUCGACGCGAUUGGGUAUGUUGGGCGACAAGUUGCAAGCAGACCGCAGGUCCGAGGCAACGCAUGGGCUCUCACGUUGUAACUCAAAGAAGGAUUUGAGUGAUUUCGACAAGCUCAUGGCAGGCCAUGAAGGGUUGUUGAAAAAGGCGCUGUCACAAUUGGACAAGGAUGUUGAGCAUCACCAGGAACAGGCAGAGAAGGAGAGGGCGAUGAAGGAAUUGCUGCAGGCGCGGCUUCAGAAGAAGAAGCAAAUCAUGGAGUCACGGAGGGCAAAAGGCAGGGCAGCCGGCCUCAAGCAGGGUAAGGUGCAAGAGGAGCUCCAGAGUGCCAGUGGGGAUGGAUCUGACGCAGAACCGGGUGAAAACGAACGUGGUCACAGUGACGGUGAGAAGCCCGAGCAUGAAGAUGCCAAUGAGUGGCGUUUCGCGCAAGAGGCUGAUGCCUUGAUCAGGGACAAGGCAUUUGGUGUGGAUUUUGUUUUCCGUGGCUCUUCCUCCGAUUCCGUGACUUUCGUGAACCCAACGAUGCUCACAAGUCUGGACUUGAACGGGUUCGGGUUUGACCAAGCAGUCUCAGACGCCCUGUACAAAGAGCAUGUUAUUGGGAAUGAUGAUGAGGACGAUGCUGCCGAUGAUGCCGGUGAUGCUGACCAGCCAAAGAACUUGAAUUAUUUCAAAUCAGUGCUCGCAUCACCGGUGGAUGAAUGGACCAAGAGCUUCCCCGAAGUACUCGAGAAGUUGGUUGCAGGUGUCAACGCUGUGGAAGGCUUGCUUGAGCAGGACUUCAAGUCGUCCGACUGGUCCAAAGUGCUCAGUGGAAGAAUCCAGUACUCAGGGCCACGUCACAAGUGGAUGGGCUUUUCCGAUUUACUUUGGGGCAGAUUGGUUUGGGUUGUUGGAGGAGAACGUGUCUGCGUCGGGAUGCCACUUAUGGCUUUUCAAAAGGACCUAGCAGAUGCCAACGCUGACAUCGGUGGCAUCACCGCUAGGUUCACAGCCAUGUCGCGUGAAGAAAUCAAGAAGUCUGGAGGUUUUGCUUGCCUCGUGGAGUCAGGCGAUGUACUUGUGAUUCCACCAGGGUACUUGCUGGCCGACGUUAACACGGGCGCCUUGGACGGUUGCCCGGUGGAGUCGGAGGAUGCCCCGGCCGAUGUGGGAGUGUUCCCCGUCUUAACACGGGACCAGCUCGUGAACUUCGACCUCGGGGUCUAUGAUGCUGCCAUCCGUCUCUGUGCUGUUCACGGGGGUUUGUGCGCCAACUUCAAGCAUGGUCAAAAAAUGGUGCAUCGUCUUCAGCUGCAGCUCAACAGCAUGGGCGUGAAGGAUGAAGUCCAGAGCCCUGUUCGCGUCGGUCACGCCCCUAAGUCUGCUUCAGAUCCGGAGACUGGCCUCGUGCAGCUUAAGCCGCACGACCUGCAGUUGGUUCCGUGGGUUUCGGAUGACGAUGAUGCUUCCGUGCAGCGUGCAGUUCAUGAAGCAUUGUCUCUGGUGACGGCGAUUGUCACGAACGAGGUUGGGGGCACAGCGUGA